CGGAAGGGGCGGUGCCUGUAUCGGCAGCCUGGAGCUCCCCAGCUGCUCUUAAUAACAACAUUAGAAGAUUAGCUGCAACUUCUCUUUACUAUUCUAACCUUAUUGAUCUGAUAAUUUAUUCGUGUUUUCUUUCAACGUUUUUAAAGGGAUCAUAUCCGUCUUUUAUAAACUAGGGGCGUGGGGGUGGGAAUGCGGCACGUUUUUAUAUUUACAUAUUUUAAAUCCCUUGCUAAAACGCAGCAUGCAAACUAAAACAAAAAACAAAAAUUGAACGGAAAAUCUUGCAAAUCUGUAUUUUACCGAAAGUAAGAAAUCCCUGGCUGCGGUGAUCAGGUUUGGUUAUAUUAUACAGAGGCAUGCAUGCAUGUGUUUCUGUGUUGUUGCAGAUCACACACAAACACACGCACCCACAUUUUUUUGCUGUUGCAGCAGCUUUGCAGGCGGGACUGUGUUAGGAGGGUGAACUUUGUUCCUGUUUCAUGUUAGUGACGGUAAAUGAAGAUCAGCUCUAGGGGAUCAUCUUGCUGGUGCUGCUGCUUCUCUGGUGUUUCCGUGUUGUGGAGGGGCUGGGUUGGGAGGACGCAGACAGGCUGCAGCUUGCUACAUUAGACGUUAUUUACAUACACAAAUAGCUAUGUGCAGAGAGUCAGAGUGUCUCCUCUUGUGAGUUUGGUGGUGGUGGGUUUUGCAAGCUGUCCGAAGAAUCCUCUUAGCUGGACACCCCCCGAGGGUGAUGAGGGUGGGUGGGAAAGAGGUCCAAGGCUGGGAAUGAGUUUUAAUACAAAAAGCAGCGCUUUGCUGAGGUGCUGGGGAUCUCGGUUCUGGAGGAGACGGCGGCAGCAGCUGUGCCCUCUGGAGGGUCCCUUCGGGUCCUGCUUUGGUGGUGCUCGGCCCCGGCCCAUCCUGGACAUGUCCUACUCCCGUCACUUUCUGGAUUUCCAGGGCUCGUCUAUCCCCAGCUCCAUGAAGAAGCUGGUGGUGACUAAGCUGAGCUCAAACUUCCGAGAGGCUGUUACCCUGCGGCAGGACGCGCCUGUACCACUCCCGGGAGAUGGAGAUCUUCUUGUCCGAAACAGAUUUAUCGGCAUUAAUGCAUCUGACAUAAACUACUCAGCUGGCCGGUAUGACACUUCAGUUAAACCCCCGUUUGAUGCAGGUUUUGAAGGUAUUGGUGAUGUGGUAGCUUUAGGCCUCAGUGCUAGUGCCAGAUACACAGUAGGCCAAGCUGUGGCCUAUAUGACACCUGGUUCUUUUGCUGAAUAUACAGUUGUGCCUGCCAAACAAGCAGUUCUUCUACCUUCUGUGAAACCUGAGUUUCUUACUCUAAUGGUAAGUGGCGCGACGGCGUACAUCAGUCUGAAGGAGCUUGGAGAAUUGUCUGAAGGCAAGAAGGUUUUAGUGACCGCAGCAUCGGGAGGAACAGGCCAGUUUGCUGUGCAGCUUUCAAAGAAGGCAAAGUGCCAUGUAAUUGGAACUUGUUCCAGUGAUGAAAAGGCUGGCUUUCUGAAAUCCAUUGGCUGUGACCAUCCCAUCAACUACAAAACUGAAAAUGUUGCUGCUGUUCUUAAAAGGGACUAUCCAGAAGGUAUGGAUGUAGUGUAUGAAUCUGUUGGUGGAAAGAUGUUUGACUUGGCUGUCAACUCCUUGGCUACCAAAGGGCGCCUGAUAGUUAUUGGGUUUAUCUCUGGCUAUCAAAAUCCUACUGGCCUUCAGCCUGUUAAAGCAGAAAUGUUGCCAGCAAAACUGCUGAAGAAAUCUGCCAGCAUCCGGGGUUUCUUCCUGAACCAUUACCUUUCUGAAUAUAAAAUGGCUAUGGAGCACUUACUCACAAUGUAUGAAAGUAGAGAACUGGUUUGUGAGGUGGACCUCGGAGACAUGUCUCCAGAGGGCAAGUUCACUGGCUUGGAGUCUGUAUUCCGUGCUGUAGAUUAUAUGUACAUGGGAAAAAACAUUGGAAAAAUUGUAGUUGAAUUACCUAACUCUGUCAACAGUAAGCUGUAAAAACAGAACAAUGAUAUAAAUCAAAAGAGAGAGAAAAUAGGCACUUUAUGCCUCAGAAUUACUAGAAACCAUUUAAAAAAAAAUUGGUAAAGGAUAGUAUAUUAAAACUAUAUUAAGUUGUUAAUAAAAAGUUUUGAUUUAAAAAAAAAAAAAGCUUAAAUUUAGCCAGUGCCUGUAGCAAGGACUUAACGUGCUUGUGUUCGAUUCUGUAACUUUUACAGGCAGUGGUGCUCAGGCUAAUACUAGAUAUGAACAUUAUUCUGGGCAGUUAGAAUAAAUGAUGAUUCAGAGGCUGAUCCAUCAGUUUUUUUGAUAAGCUUUUAAAUCCUUUUUGGAAACAUUACAUUUCUGCAAUUUAGAUCCUGUGAUUUUAAAAAUAUCUUUCAUGUACAGCAAAACAAAACAUUUUGUUGAUGCUUUGUUAACCCUUGACAUUUCUGGGAAACCAAAGUUAAAAAUUAUCUUUUUACUUUUUUGGGUUGCAAACUCAGUAAUGAUACAUUGUGCAUGGUAUGGCUACAUUGUGCAUGGUAAUCAGAUUUCAUGACCAGUUCUAUAUGGAAAAUCUAUCCAUUAGUUCUAACAUGGCAGAAAAAUGAAGUGGGGUGGGGAGAAGAGGGAAGGAGGGAACACACAUACUCACAAUUUAAAAAAAAAAUUUCAGAGUUUGCAACUAUACAUAACCCUGCCAUUUUCAUUCAAGUCUUUGGUUACCUUUUGGAACAGUCAUCUUACACCUUUGCCCUGGUGUUUAUUAUCUUUAUUGUUUACCCUUUAUUCUCCCCAUUAAACUACUAAAUGAGCUAAUUGGGCUUUAGUUCUGAAUUGUGUUUACAUGUAUUGAGGUCCUUUACUUGUACUAACAAUUUAAUAAAGUGCAGAAAGCUA